UUUUUUCAAGCUGGCAUUGGACUUGCAGCCAACAUCUUCCUCCUCUUCUGCAUCUUCACACUCCUUGUGGAUCACAAGCCUAAGCCCACUGACAAGAUCACCUGUCACCUGGCCCUCAUCCACGUACUGAUGCUCCUUAUUAUGUUGUUCUUGGUGUCUCCAGACCUUUUUGAGUCACUGAAUUUUCAGAAUAACUUCAAGCAUAAGGCAUUUUUCUACCUGAGCAGGGUGAUGAGGGGCUUCUCCAUCUUCACCACCUGCCUCCUGAGCACGCUCCAGGCCAUCACCAUCAGCCCCAGCACCUCCUGGCAUCAGAGGUGAUCCAGGCACCUUCACAGCACCAGCCUCUCCCCAACAUCUCCCCAGAG